AUGAAAGACACAGAUUCCGUUAUAGAUAGUAUAACAACAUUUCUUUCUCAAAAUGAAGAUGAACUUAAUAAAUCAUCUUCUACCAUAGAAACUUUUAUCAACGCACUUAACAAUACAUUUAUAAAUAAUGAUGAAUACUAUCCAAUUAAAACAAAAGCAUAUAUUUCCUAUCUAUAUGGCAAGCUUUAUUAUCUUUUAUUGACAUGCAAUGAUAAAUCCAAUGACACUGCUAUUACCAAUAACAAUACCAAUAAUAAUAGUAGUUCGAGCAACUUCACCAAUGCUGAGAACUACCUCUCGAAAGCAGUGAAAUUAGAUGAUACCCUUGAAGUUGCAUGGAAUGAAUUGGGUGAGCUUUACUGGCGAAAGAACUGUUUGCAAUUGGCAAUGAAAUGUUUUCAACAAUCACUCCAAAGAAACAAUAAAAAUGUUGUAUCUUUACAAAAGAUUUCAAUUGUACUUAGACAAUUAAAUGAAGAUAAUAUAUUGAAAAAGAGAGAUAAUGUAGAGAGAAGUGUAAAAUAUGCAAAAGAAGCUUUGGCCAUCGACUUUAAGAAUUCAGAAUCUUGGUAUAUUCUUGGUAAUUCAUAUCUAAGCUCAUUCUUUAUAGAUGUACAAAAAAACGAAUCAGAUUUAAAUAGUGCACUGAAAGCUUACAGCUAUUCAGAACAGCAUUCAAAGUUGAAGAAUAAUCCUGAUUUAUAUUAUAAUAGAGCAACCGAAGAUUACCAAUUGGCAUUAGAAGGUUUCACAAGAGCAUUGGAAAUUGAAAAUAAACCAUGGAGUGAUCCAAUAAAGAAUAUUCAAGAGAUACUCUCAAAUACUAAAUUAAUAUCUGAUUCAUUAAACAAGAUUAAUAAUAAAAAGAAAAAUAAUAAUAGUAAUAAGAUUAAUACAUUGUUGAAUUACAGUCCGAUGAUGUUUAAUAAUGGUGGAAAUAGAAAUAUUACAAAGAAUCAAGCAUCACUCUCAAUUCAAGCUUUACAAGUAGGUUUAAAUAAGGAUUCAUUUUUCAUUGGUAAAAUCAAAAGAGUGAUAUCGCCAAGCGAAUCAGUACCGAGAAUUGCAAUUUGUUCAGAUAGAAACUCACAGCUGAUUGUCCUGUCCAUCUACAACAUAACAUCAAAUGCAAUUAAAAAAGGUGAUCUUAUUGGUAUAACUGAUCCAACCGUUAAAGAAAUACAAAUUAAUUGGCACAGACAACCAUAUUCAAUUAAUUUAAAAUAUUUAUGUAUUCAAGCGAAAUCAUCAAAUGUAGAGAUAAGAGGUAAAGAAAUGUCUGAUUUAUCAUCUUCACCAACAAUUAAAGUUGGUAAAUAA